AUGGUAAUUGUCGAUGGGUACCAAUACGAUUUCCCUCAGCAGCGGAUUCUUGAGAUGAUGAUAAGCGAUCAUUGUAAUCAUACCUUGUACCAGUUCUUCAAGGCGAAGGCCCUUAAGUUGGAGGCAAAUCUUCGUCACAGAGAAGGUGAAUUGACCGCUGCUGAGGCGCUCAUCGCUGCUAAGGACGAGGAGAUAUUGGAUUUAAAGAAUCGGCUGAAGGGGAAAGAGCGGAUUGGUGCUGAAGAAGAGAAGCUUCGUCUUGAAAUUGCACUUGCUCGUAGUGAGUUGGAGACGGCUCGUAAUGAUGCUUCAUCUUCUAAAGCAAUCGAUAUCCGAGAGUUAACAUGGCUUCGGAAUGAGAAGACUCGUCAAGCUUCUCGGAUUAGGGAACUAAUGGAGAAAAUCAAAGAUGAGGCUGAUAAGUGGAAUGCUCGGGCAGAUGAGCAUAAUGAGUUGAUGGCUCAGUAUCGACAACGACGGGAGCAGAUGGUUGAUAUACAGAAUCGUUAUAACUAUGAUCGCCUCCAGUUUGAUGGUGCUUUUUUAUGGACUCGUGAGAAUCUACGUGAGGCUCGUGAGGGUAUUUAUCGUUUAGAAACCAGGAUGGCAAGCUUGGAAGAGGAGCUGCGUCAAUAUCGUUCAUCUCAUGAUCCUGAAGUUCGUGAUUAUAUACAGCAGCUCGUUCGGGAGAGGGAUGAUGCCAGAGCCGAGGCCCAUGCACUUAGUAAUGCUUUAGCUGCUUCUCGGUCCGAUGUCGCUCGUUUAGUGGACUCUGAGAAGGACCUUGAAAUAAAUAUGUACAAGCGUACUAAAGGGAUAGAAGAGAUGAGUAAUAAAUUCAAUCACCUUCGACAUUUAGACUCCAUGAAGCAGAUAGAGUUGGAUGAGUGUCAGUUUGCCCUUACAAAUCUUCGGUUGGAUUAUAAGAAAAUUUCGGACGAGUAUGAUUUUCUUGACGAAGCCUGGGUCGCUGUAGUUAAUGAAUAUGAAAUAGCUUCGGCUAGGGUCGAAGAUCUCGAGGGACAGCUUAACCUCGCAAAUGAAAAUCUUGAAAAGGCUCAAUCUUCCCUAGCGUACCAAGAGUGUCAAGCCCAGUAUUUCGAAGGGCUAGCAGGAUCUAGGGAUACAGCGGCGAAGGAAGCAGCCAAGGAGGUGGCUCGAUUGACAUCUUUGUUGUUGCAAUCUGAGCUCAAGGCCACCGUUAUUACUCAUAAGUCUCAUUGCAGCUGGCCGAGGAGAUUAACAAGACCUUAA